CCGGCAAUUCGUCAAAUCGUCAAAUCACCGUCAAAUUUUCUAGGUUAUUCAAAGUCAUUUUUGUUUUAUUUAUGAUUUAUGCUUGAAUUUAUGCUCAAUUUAAUUUCAAUUAACGUUGACGCCAAUCACAACAACAUGUGCCAUCAAAAGCAUAAAUCAACCAAAUUGUCAAUGCCGAUAAUUGAGCGCAUUGAUACCGCCGUGCAUUAGGCUAGAGCGCACCUCACUUUUUUACGACCAAAAGUGAAAUUGUGAGCUUUAAUUGUUAAUUGAAAGGUGAAAUCCCGUCGAUUCCACUUUCGAGUAGCCUGACGUAAUAUUACUUAAUUGCCUUGUGCUCGAAUAGUGGAAUCACACAGCCGCUCUAUAGCACAGUUGAAUACAUGAAUUCAUAAUCAGUGAACAAAGUUUGGACUAUUAGUGAAUGCCUAGUCACGCUGCAUUAAUUACACCGUUCGACACAUCGGGAUAAUGUGCUGAUCAUGGCCCCAAAUUAUAGUAAGAUUUUGACCAAAAACAAUGCUAUUGCUGGGGCUGGCAUAGGGGCAUUGGCUAUCACCUGGACCUUGUUAAGCCGACGACAACAGAAUAAGCUGCAACUUCAAAGGAAGACUGUGAAAAAACAGGUCGAGGAGGAGCUGAAGUACUUGAUAGCCGAGAAACCGGAGGCCAAAGUCAAGGUGCAAGUGGAUAGGAAGCUGUUUGUGCAGUUGUGCCAGUUGUUUAAGAUUGUGGUGCCAGGAUGGACCACUCCAGAAAGCGGCAUAUUUUGCCUGAUAGCAGUCAGUCUGGUUGCCCGCUCCAUUUGCGAUCUAUGGAUGAUCAAUCAUGGAACGAAAAUCGAAAGCGCAAUUGUGUCGAUGGACAAGCACUUGUUCUACCAGAGACUCUUCAAGUUCUGCAUGACUUUGCCGAUCGUCGCGCUGGUAAACAACGUCCUAAAGUUCGCUAUCGGUGAUCUGAAGAUCCGGCUCAGAUCCAACCUGACCAGGCGACUAUACGAAGACUACCUGAAAAGCUACACUUACUACCGAAUAUCCAACUUGGACAACCGAAUAGCCAAUCCGGAUCAACUGCUUACCAACGACGUUGAUAAGUUCUGCGAAGCCAUCACCGACCUCUAUUGCAACACGGCAAAGCCCAUGCUGGACAUCGGGAUUUAUGUGUAUAAACUGUCAACCACCAUGGGGGGAGGCACGCCAGGGCUGAUGCUCUCCUAUUUGUUCGUCUCGGGGCUGAUCCUCACCCACCUGCGCAAGCCGACAGCGCGACUCACUGCCGGAGAACAGAAACUGGAGGGCGAGUUUCGGCACAUCAACUCGCGCCUGAUCACCCACUCAGAAGAAGUGGCCUUUUACAACGGGAACCUGCGCGAAAAAGCCACCUUGCUGGCCAGCUACAAGAAGCUGCAGAACCACCUGAGGGCCUUCCUGCGGUUCCGGGUUCUGAUGGGAAUUGUUGACAAUUUGGUGGCGAAGUACUUUGCAAGCAUAGUGGGAUUUGUGGCCGUCUCCAUCCCGUUCCUCUCGGGGCGAAUAGCCAAGGAGAGCCACGGGGAGCGCUCCCGCUUGUACUACACCUACGGCAGAAUGCUGGUGAAGCUAGCCGAAGCCAUCGGAAGACUGGUGUUGGCCGGCCGCGACUUGACGCGCUUAGCCGGCUUCACCGCCCGAGUAACCCAGCUCAGAACCGUCCUGGCCGAGCUCAACCAGGGGAAAUACGUGCGAACAAUGGUGGCCGGCUCAGAGAGCCUGAAGCCCAACGGGGGCAAGCUGAUCUUCCAAAACAACGUCAUCAAGUUCAGCAAGGUGCCGCUGGUCACACCCAACGGCGACAUUCUCAUUCCAGAGCUCACCUUCGAGAUCCGAUCGGGGAUGAAUGUGCUGGUGUGCGGCCCCAACGGCGCCGGCAAGUCCUCCCUGUUCAGAAUCCUCGGGGAGUUGUGGCCGUUGUUUGGGGGCGAAGUCACCAAGCCCCCCAGAGGGAAGCUCUUCUACAUCCCGCAGCGCCCUUACAUGACUCUGGGCAGCUUGCGGGAUCAGCUGAUCUACCCCCACAGCAGUGCGGAGGCGACCAGACGCGGCGCCACCGACGAGAAGCUCAUGGAGCAUCUGAACCGCGUGCAGCUGGGCUAUCUGCUGGAAAGAGAGGACGGCCUGGAUGCGGUCGCUGAUUGGCUGGACGUGCUCUCAGGGGGCGAGAAGCAGCGAAUCGCAAUGGCGCGCCUGUUCUACCACAGGCCCCAAUUCGCCAUUCUGGACGAAUGCACCAGUGCAGUCUCAGUGGAUGUGGAGGGCAGCAUGUAUAAGUACUGUCGCGAUGUGGGAAUCGCCCUUUUAACGGUCUCGCAUCGCAAAUCUCUUUGGCAGCAUCACGAGUAUGUGCUGCAUCUGGACGGGAGAGGAGGGUACACCUUCAAGCCCAUUGAAUCCGGAGCGGAACAGUUUGGAUCUUAAAGUGUACAUAGAAUAAGUCGCAAAAGUUUAAUCUGGUUCAAAUUAGUUGCUUGGGUUCUCGCAGUUUAAGGCCAUUAAAUGAUGUAGGUUUUUCAA